GCCCCCCUACGCAGAGUUUCGCGUAAUAUUCCUUAUUCUCGUGAAAUUUGGUGAGCAGCAAGGCCUGUCGAACUUGAUACCGUGCACGUGUAACGAAACGUAAGAUCAACGUAAAAAAAGUAAUGACAAAAUCAAAAGUCAAAGUCAAAUUGACAAGACAAGACAUUUUUGCAUCAUAGAAAUUGAAAAAGUGUACAAAUUACACCGUGGAUUUAUCAAUCAGCAACCAUUUUUAUAACAGAAAAGUGUUAGAAAAACUUAAAAACCUGCCAUCGCCUGAAAUUUGGAACAAAUACACUCUGACCUCUAACAUAUAGUGUAGUGAGCGAAAUGCCACAGAAGGGUGAGGACGUGUGUGAACUCCCGGGCUUUGCAGAUGUCUUGGAGGAGUCUGAACAGGUACUACGAAAAUGCUUCAAACAAUACAAAACCGACGAAGUGUUCCUGUCAUUCAACGGUGGCAAAGACUGCACCGUGCUCCUGGACAUAGCCAUCAAUGUGCUGACCGAUGUAUACAAAGACAAAUCUGUGAUUAAGAACCUUAAGGUUCUUUACAUAAGGACUAACAGUCCAUUUAGAGAACUAGAAGCGUUCGUGAAGCAAGUGGAGCUCCACUACGGCAUCACACUUGAAGUAACCGAAGGCGAGUUGAAAAGCACCUUGCAAAGGAUAGUGGACGAAGACAGUAGGCUUAAAGCCUGUCUCAUGGGCACGAGGCGGACCGACCCGUAUAGUCAAGAUUUGCAAUUUAUGCAGAAAACGGAUGCCAACUGGCCACAAAUAAUGCGAGUAUCACCACUGCUGAACUGGUCGUACCAUCAGAUAUGGAGCUACAUCCUGGCGCGGCAGGUGCCGUACUGCAGUCUCUACGAUCAGGGAUACACAUCAAUAGGCAGCACGCUGAACACGUGGCCGAACCCGGCGCUAGCCCUAGAGUCGGGCUACCGGCCCGCCUGGCGGCUCGCCGACGGCGCCCGCGAGCGCGCCGGCCGGGUGCCGCCCGACGCGCAGAACGGACUCAAUGCGAAACGUGAGAAUCUAUAGUGAUAAAACCACAGAAACGUAAAUACACAGAUACACAUCAACCCGGCCUGCGCUCGGAGACGUAACCCGAGAGUGCACCGGUCGGGUUCCACCCGACACGCAGAAUGGAGUCAAUGGAACGUGAAAAGCUUUAUAGGUCCGUACGUAUCAGGAGUAGAUAAAUGCAGAUUCAUAUUUAGCGUUUUAUGCCUUUUUUCGUAAUCAUGUACAGUCCUGGACUUUAAUUGUUGAUGCAUUUAGGGUUGACUUUACAUUAGACAUUUCAUACCGUUAUACAACCAAAUUAGCUUGAACCUUAAAAGUCCGUAACUGUACACGAGGAUGACCAAUGCAAUUUUCCUUAAUACAUUAAGCCAUUCAAAUUAAAAUGGUUCUUUGCUAAUAAACUAGCUGUGACCAACCGAAUUGAUUUGAUAGCCUUUUUACAAAAGACGAUUACAUUAAACCGUUACAAUUAAAUCGUCCUGUACUUGAUUGAAAUAUCUGGAUCGAAAUGUUUGUAUUAUUUAGCGUAGUUGAUGGUCUCGGUAAUGUGCCUCGUGUAAAAACUAACAAUUAUUCGAGAUAACAAAUAUUGUAAAAUGAAAUAAUGUUUAAAACAAGAACACCUAGUAAAUGAAUCAAAUUUUAACUUAUUUAAAUGAUAAAUAAAUAAAUAUUAUAGGACAUUAUUACACAUAUAUAACGUAUAUGUAUUAUUUAUAACGGGGGCCGAUAGUAAAAUCCGCCAGAUCAUUAAAUUCCUAGGCAUAUUGUGAAACGUGAAAAUCAUUGUGUCAUUCAGGGAUCGGAAACCGGUAUUUUUUGUAUGGGAACGAAAACGGUAUUUUUUCGUUCUUUGUUAAUUAUUUCAUUCCUAAUCGGGCAAUCUAAUAAUACGAAGUCGUUAUCUAAAAACACAACUGAGUCCUACAUUUUGAGUAUAAAAUAAACCGAAAUAUAUGGUUAUUUCGAUGUUUUUGCAAAAAACCGGUUCCGAUCCCUGGUGUCAUUCUUUUAGUCGACGGAGCCCAGCGGGGCUCCUAUUUCUGGACAGUUUGCCCUUCAGACAUAUGAAGCAACCUGACGAACCUAUCCUACCUAUCUAUUAAUUUGCCCUCAAAACAUUACACAGGAACUUUGAAGCGUCACGCCUCAUCAUCUUAUAGAUGGCGCUUUUUAUUGUAUUUUAGCUUUGUGCCUUCACACGCUAUUCAACUUUCAUCUCGCUGCUAUUUAAAAGCUACAAUCGAAUAAUAAAACCAUUUUAGGCAUAUAUAUCCUAAUAAUACUCGUAAAUAAAAUACAGUGUGGUAAUAAGUUAAAAGAAAAUCAAAUUUUAUGUUCACACAGGCAGCUUUCUUAAGAUUAAAUUUGAAGUUCUAUUAAUCGACCAAGUGUUAGUAAAUAUUUUAGUACUUACUUACUAUUUAUUCAUUAGACAUACAUAUACUUAGAUUUAAUGGGGUUGGCAACUGUCAAAGGUUUGCAUAGAUGGCGCCAUCAUAGCUUGCCCCUGUCUCUAGUUUUGUUCUAUGAGAUUUGGCUUAAAGUACUGGAAUCCAGGUCACAAAAUUCCAAAAAAAAAACAAGAAUUUGACACAAUUCUAGGGAUUGACAGGGCAAGCUAUGAUGGCGCCAUCUGUUUAAUACUUCGACCGGCCAACCCCAUUGAAAGAAUAGUUUUGUAUAUUUUUGUAAGUUAGUCGUGGAAUUUGUAUACUUAAUAGUUAAAUUUCGAAGAUAUAAUUAUUCGUAACAGUGCAUUGUGUAUUAAGGGCGGUAAGAAAUCACGAACGAGUGUAAAUUGAAGCCCGAAGCCGAAGGCGAGGGCUUAAUUUACAAGAGUGAUUCCUGUACCGCCCGUGGCACACACAAUGUUUUUCAUCACAUUUCUGCUUAAUUUCGAACGUACAUUACAGCAAGUGUGAUAAAAAAAAAUACAGGCCUAGGUCGAAAUUUAGGAUCUACGAAUCGCAUCGCCUACGUGUAAUAAAUAAGUUAACACGUUUUACAAGCAAGUGUGAUGAAGAUUUACUUUUCUCAAACUUGUAAUGAAAUGUUGACAUGACUUACUUCAAAUUAGGUCCGGAAAUACUACAUAUCAGGUGCGAUGAGUGAAAAUGAUAUGUAAAGGAAUUUCAUACAGCCUUACACACCUAGGCCUGUAAGGCAACCGUCUUUUGUUUUUAAACGUCAAAUUAUGGCACGUCUUGGCAUUCAACCAUAAAAAACCUAUAAGCAAAAUUCUGCUAUUAUGCUUUUCUUAUUGUCUUUUUUGCGUUUUUUUUUUUCUUUUUUGUGUUUGUUAAAGAUUAUAUCAGGAGUUCAAAGGGGAAGAAAAAUUUCAUUAUUUUUGCGCUACGACGCACGGUUUAGGAGAUACAGCCCCAUAAAGUUUUUUUUUUUUAGUCGUGCAGAAAUCUUUAUAGGGCUGUAUCUCCUAAACCGUGCGUCGUAGCGUAAAAAUAAUCAAAUUUUCGUUCCCUUUCAAUACCCCACGCACUGAAUAACCUAUCACAUUAGGACAUGAAAUAAUCAUCAUCAUCCUUUUUUUUUUAAUUUAUCAAUGCAAGUUUGAGAAAAGCACUAUACAAAUCUCGGCGAGAAACGGGGUUGCCGGCCGCGUAUCCCUAUCCGAUACGCGGUCUAUCUCUAUCGCAAGGGCGUCGCCACCGAAUGGGCUAGGGGGGGCAGUUCAUGUGGCCGAUGGACAAGGGGAGGGGGAGAGAAAUUAUUUAUGCCACGGCGCAAGCUCUCAUCUCUUUUAUUUUCUCAAGUGCGCUCCUAUGAUAUAGCUGAUUAUUGUUUAUUUAUUUUACUAACAGAGGCUCCAUACUAGUAUACGAUACUUCUAGUUUCUGGUUGACUGAUGGUUUCUACUACUUUGGGAAUAAAUCAAAUUUCAUUGAAAUAUUA